AUGAUUUUGUCAAUUGGCUUAAACAUCGACAAGAUCAACGACUUGAACCUAUCUCCACGAGAUCGGAGUACGGGCCUCAGAGACCGUGAGAGUAUUAAUUUGUGGUGGAGCGCCGCAAUAUUUGAAAGAGUCAUCCUAUGUGACAUUCCUGGCUGCAAGCAAGCACCCAUCUUGCGAUUUCCGGGUCCCGAGGCCGCACUUCCUCCCGACCUUUCGCCCGAGGAAGGUCAUUCUGAAUCUAUACAUUUCCCUUCUCGUCCAACUUUAAGUGAGCUGGAGGCCAAGAACAUAAGCGGAUUUGGACGCCAAAUACAGGUCACUCAUCUGCUUGAUCAUCUCCUCUCGAUUUUGAUCAAUCCUGUGACCAACAAGCAGCAUCAUAUAGCGAUUUUACAAAGCUUGGACCAAAGGAUACAGAUGUUUAUGGCGGUCCUCAUUUGUGAUUGUGACCAUGAAUGGAGGUAUUACUGUGGAGCAAUCGGAAUUGCAACGAGAAGCCUGUUCUUGCUGCAUGAACAUAUACAGACGCUACAUCCUAGUUCUGAUAUCAAAUGGCUGCAAAAGUGCUCCGUAGCUGGCCUUGGGUUUGUGACAAAAGUUAUGGUCGAUGUUGCACACGAUCAUUUGGAACGAGUCACCCCUACUAAUGCUGGUGCACUACCACUAUUGUGUGCAUAUAAUCUCCAUGCCGCCAUCAAGCAAAUCAAGUUUGAACAAAUUCAAAAAAAGGCUAACAAUGACAAAGAUCAUAAUGCAGAUUUGAACUCUCUAUUAGCUUUAGAUAACAUUUGUUACCAGAGAUGGUGCAAAAGACCAUAA